UAGCUGAACUGAGCUGAGCAGAGCAGAGCGUAGGAUAGGGGCGUGUAUAUAAGUUGAAGGCCUAACCGACACAAGAAAGUGACAGUAUGAUGGGUUGUGGCGGUGCAAUCUCAGUGUCACUGCUGCUGCUUCUCUCUUGUUUUACAGAAAUAGCCUUGGCUGGCUGCGAUAAGGCUCCAGUGCUGUUCGUCUUCGGCGAUUCCAACUCGGACACGGGUGGACUCGCCUCCGGACUCGGUUUCCCUAUAAAUCCUCCCAAUGGCCGCAAUUUCUUUCACAGAUCCACUGGCCGCUUGUCCGAUGGUCGCCUCCUCAUCGACCUACUCUCCACGGGUCACGGAGAUCGAGGGCCAAAUGCCGCACCUCUGGCUAGUGACGACGUGCGAUUACGAGGCCUGAGUUUGAAUGCAAGUUUGUUGGUACCAUACUUGGACGCCUUGUCUGGAACCUCAUUCACAAAUGGAGCAAACUUUGCAGUGGUGGGGUCCUCUACUCUCCCAAAAUAUGUUCCUUUCUCCCUCAAUAUACAGGUCAUGCAGUUCCGGCGUUUCAAAGCUCGCUCCCUUGAACUUGUUACCGCAGGUGCAAGAAAUUUGAUCAAUGAUGAAGGCUUCCGUGAUGCACUCUACUUGAUUGAUAUUGGACAAAAUGACCUUGCUGAUUCAUUUGCCAAAAAUCUGUCAUAUGCGCAAGUCAUCAAGAAAAUCCCAGCAGUUAUAACUGAAAUUGAGAAUGCUGUUAAGAAUUUAUAUAAUGAUGGUGCCAGGAAGUUUUGGGUUCACAAUACUGGGCCGUUGGGCUGUCUUCCAAAAAUACUCGCACUGGCUCAGAAGAAGGAUCUAGAUUCAUUGGGAUGUCUUUCUAGUUAUAACUCUGCAGCAAGAUUGUUUAAUGAAGAGCUGCUUCAUUCAACUCAGAAACUAAGAUCUGAACUGAAAGAUGCUACUUUAGUCUAUGUUGAUAUUUAUACCAUUAAGUAUGACCUCAUCACAAAUGCCGCGAAAUAUGGUUUCUCGAAUCCGUUGAUGGUAUGUUGCGGCUAUGGAGGGCCUCCUUACAAUUUUGACGUAAGGGUGACAUGUGGUCAACCUGGUUAUCAGGUUUGUGAUGAAGGGGCUCGGUAUGUGAGUUGGGAUGGAAUUCAUCAAACUGAGGCUGCAAAUACAUUGAUAGCUUCUAAGAUACUUUCCAUGGCUUAUUCCACACCACGGACACCUUUUGAUUUCUUCUGCACCAAUGAUUAUGCACACUGAGUGUGCAAAACAGUGAAUCCACUGUUAGUUCAUUAGUUGUUGAUUUACCAUCAAUAUAGUUCUCCAAGAACAGAGUUUGUUAUGUAGUAACGCCCACGCUGAAGUUCUAAAAGAUUAGGGUCUUGCAAUUGGGCUGUAACUAGUGGCCUAUGUUACCAGAAAUUGUAUUUUUCUUUGCCAACUUGGAUGUAUGCUGUAUUAUGUAAACAAUUGAUGACUAAAAUGAUUUUUGGCCUGUUUUAGAAAUUUGGACUGGUAAUGGAAUAAGUGAAACUACUUGCUUACA